ACUUGGAUCCACUUACAGAAACUAGCAGACAGCAUCACAUCCAUGUUCCUGGCAGGAGGAUCAACAGAGGGGAAGUUAUGGGUAAAGCAGAAGGCUCAGUUGCUAGGGAAGAAUGGCAUGGGCAUGUCACAGCUCUGUCUGUUGCCCCAGAAUUUCGACGCCUUGGUUUGGCUGCUAAACUUAUGGAGUUAUUAGAGGAAAUCUCAGAAAGAAAAGGUGGAUUUUUUGUUGAUCUCUUUGUAAGAGUAUCUAACCAAGUUGCAGUCAACAUGUACAAGCAGCUGGGCUACAGUGUAUACAGGACGGUCAUAGAGUACUAUUCAGCCAGCAACGGGGAGCCCGAUGAGGAUGCUUAUGAUAUGAGAAAAGCACUUUCCAGGGACACUGAGAAGAAAUCCAUCAUACCAUUACCUCAUCCUGUGAGACCUGAAGACAUUGAAUAACCAUGGGCAGUGGUUCUUAGGUUGAUGCUCCAGAUAUUUUAUGGACAUUAUUUUUAUUGGAUGGAUUAGAGUUCUGUUAGAGAAAAGUGCUCAUUUAGAUCUUAAAGACUUCAAGAAAAUGUUUUAAAUUUUACUGUUUCCAGGUAGCAACAUCAUAUCUACUGAAGCUGUCCACUGUAAUAAAAUUCAAUCAGAAAGGCAGCUAAGUCAGAUGGAAACAUUCUAUCAGAGUUCAUAAUAUUCACUAUAUGCUAGGGGGAAAAAAGCUCCAAUCUCCUCAUAAAUUUUAUGCCUGAGAACCACUGCUGCAUAUAUAUAUAUAUUUUUUAUUGAACUAUUGAUUGAAGCUUUAAAACCAUAUAUGAAAUGUUAAAUCUAAGAUGUAUAAUAAAGUGCACUGUUGACUCUA